AUUUGACAAGUAAAAACAAAUAGUGACAAAACAACAAUGGGGAUAUGAACCAUUGAAAAUUGUCUGUAAACGUCACCUCUCAAAAAUCACUAAUCAUCCACAUCUCAUUUUUUCAUCAUUGUGAUGUUCUCCAGCAAGGCACGACAGGCCGAUUGUCGAGUAUUUUUCCGGAUUUAUCCCAUCGAAUCGAUCGACGAUAACCACGUGAAAUUGGACAAGGACGAGAAGACCAUUUACAUCAGAAGCAGACAGGAGUUGAAACGUCCCGAGUCAUCACCAAAAGAAGCAACAUAUUGGAAAUACGUCACUGAUGGAACUUUCAGACACGUCUCUCAAAACCAUCUCUACAAUGUCGUCAGAGAUAAUGUUAUGGAAAACGUACUAGCCGGAGUUGAUGCAAUAAUAAUGUGCUUCGGCCAAACGGGAUGCGGAAAGAGUCUGACGAUGUCUGGACUACAAGAACUACCACAGGACCUUGGAAUCGUACCACGUGUUGUCAACGAUCUGUUCAAUCUGAAACAAGACUACAUAAAAAACAAGCAGAAAAUUUUCAUAGAGCUGUCUUAUAUGGAGUACGGAAGACACGUCGCCAACGAUUUGCUGAAGAAGUACCCGAACAGUCUGGAAUACCCGUUUGUCGGCACCAAACUGAAAGUCAAGGACAAGGAUCAGGCCCUCAAUUUGAUUUUUAAAGGGGAAGGUCGUAAGGAACUCAUAUCAAACGGUCACUCUUCACACAUGUUCAGCAGCAUUCUCACAUUUUUCAUAACAAUCAAAGACGCCACCUUAGAAAAACCCUUCUGUUUUUCUUCAAAGCUGCAUCUGAUUGAUCUGGCUGGCACCGACUCGUCAUCCAACAAAACGUGCUCAUUCAAGUCACCGUCGGACGUCGGAACUGCCAAUCUGUUCAAAAGUGAUCUGGAAGCUUUCGUGUUGUGUCUCUGCGACAACAUUCCUGAAAAGAUCAAGAUCAAAAUCAGGACGAAUCCGUUGAUUAAGUAUCUCGGAUGCUCGCUCAGCAACCAAUCCAUUUUGAGGUUUGUAGGUCACAUCAGCCUGGAAACGGAAAAUAUGUCGAUCACCUCGUCGCUGCUCAGGUUCGGAUUGGCGUUGAAAGGUUUAAAAAUGAGGUCCAAGAUUGUCAUUUCCGGCCUGACCCCAGAUGUCGAAACCACCUUUUACAAAAGGGAGUUGGAGAAAAUGCUUGAAGAGAAACGCCAGGAGGCGAUCAUAACGAAUCAAGUGAAGAGAUGUUUUGUGGACACUGAAAGGUUUCAACAGAUGCAACGGUCGGUGUACGAUUUUCUAAACAACGGUGUCGAAAUGAUGGAAGUGCUGAACGUGACGGAAAUCAAGACAACCUUCGACAUCUUCCGGAAGAUCUACACCGACUUCGAUUCUGAAAAGUCGAAAAUCUACAAGGAAGCUUACAACAAAGCCAUCGAGGACACAAAAAUGAGUAAGAAAAGCACUAUUGCGCCGACUACCAAACGUUCAAUGGAGCUCAGAAGUUUUUCAAGGAUAACACCGAAGACAAGCUCGUCGGAGAGCAGUCAGAAGAAACAACAACAACGUGUCAGCCACAUUCCGAAGCGCAGCACGCAUUCAGUCGAUGUGGAACUGACGGCCAAGUCGAGUUCGAUCAAAAAGGACGUUUCGUACAUUCCGGACAUUUUGCCGGAGUACUUGUCGGUCUGGAUGACAUACACGAACGACGGCGACUCCAACUUCGCCGUCUUCGAGGAACAAUACAGGGACAACGAGCUGACUUUGCACGAUGCUUAUCUGAGUUAUUUGCAAGAGCUCAAAACUCUCGAAGAAUUUAAGACCAAAGUGGACCAGUUGGAACUGGAACUAGAACAUGUGAAACUGUUGGCGUCUACGUCCAUGGGCAAGGAUGAAAGUUUGCAGGGCGUAGUCGAGGCUUGUAUGGAGAAUCUGGAGAAGGCGCGACAGGAGGAGCUAGUACAGACUGAGAAGUGUUUGUCGUGCAGGACGAAGGUGAACGUCCUCCUGAACAUGAGACAUAAGUACAGGAAAUUGCUGGAGCUGGAUUUUGAUGAGUACUGCAUCGUACACUUCCAGAUGAAGGUGCCCAAUUUACAGGACUUUCAAGCUAACCAAUUGGAGAUGUGUACAGUGAAUUUAGAAGGACUGAAGCAGGAGCAUGAGGAUAGGCCGCAGGAGUGUGGGGUUUACGUGGAGAAGAUAAUGACCUUGGGCAAACUCCAGGAGUUGCAGUCGCUUAUUGCGAAAGAGGUCCAGAAGAAGAUACGUUAUGAAAAGACCCACAAAACUAUGUUUAAGCUUUAACUUACUACAUACUUAAUAUCAUGGUAGUUAAUUUACUUUACAGUUUACUUAUUUUUUUAAUAUUACUAUAUACAGGUU